CAAAAACACACAUCAGUAAAAAUGAAUGCUGUUGUAUGGAUGGUCGUAUUGGUGGUUUAUGUGAUAGAACUAUCGCAGACUGCCUCCGUAAUAUCUCGCUUCUUCAGAUGUACGAGUGAUAGCUGCCCUCCCGGGUUCAAAUGUGUCUCAACAUGUGUGGACCUGCCGUGUAAUAAGGAGAACAAGACGGUAUGCGAGCCAGUGCGUGAAGAAUGCACAGGUGGCCGUGUUUGGAAGGUGUGCGGCUCCCCCUGUACCCUCACCUGCCACACACCCAAAGACAUGGGCUGUAUAGCCCUAUGUAGACGCGGGUGUGAAUGCCCCAGAACAGCCCCCAUAUGGAACAACGGCUCCUGCAUUAAAAAAGAAGACUGCGACCAAGAAGUGGGGUCCAAAAUAUCAGAAAAGUUCCCGUUAGACUUGACGGCAUCAAAACCAUCUGAGGGACAAAUUUCAAAGAAAAGCACAGAUGCGUCGCUACCAGAAUCCACGAGUUCCACGGUAACACCUGUAUCAGAAGUUACAGGGGUGCACGUGGAUGGAGGCCAUCUUCUGGGUCUUCCGGAAGACGGUCAAGAUUUUUCAAGAUUUCGUUGA